AUGGUCCCAGGUGGUGGGCUGGAGGUUGAGAGAUACGAGCUCCCACGGGUUGGAGAGGAUGAGCUGGAUACUGCGGCUGCGUCUCCUGCGGGUAGUUUCUGGAGAACCGCAGCGCCGUUGGUGUUUGAGGAGGCUAUGCGAGCGGCCUCGGACAAGACUUGGAGUUUGGCAGCGAUGCUGUCGACUGUAAGCCUUCAAAUCCGACACGCAGGUAAAGUUGACAUUUGCACCGUGCUCGCCCCCAGAGGUGCCCUUCUGGAUAGCCACCGCCUGCCUAUAGGUCCUAAGAUACGCGACAAUUUGAGCCUGGGAAUUUGA